AUGCCUCCACUCCCCAAAUACGAAUACACCGGGCCGGUGGAUUGCACUAUCCCCCCCGACAGGGCCCAACUCAAGGGCAAGAGUGUAAUUGUGACAGGAGGGGCCAAUGGAAUGGGCGAGUCAACUGUUCGGGCGUUCGCCGCAGAAGGGGCAUUCGUCACCAUUGCCGACGUCAACGACGAGCGUGGCAACAACCUCGCAAAGGAGCUCCACCCGAACGCCCAAUUCGUUCACUGCAACAUCACUAGCUGGGAAGAACAGGUGCAGACCUUCGAAGCAGCCAUUGCGAACUCCCCAAACCGCAGCUGUGACGUGGUCAUUGCGAACGCGGGCAUCAGCCGCGCCAGCGGAGAUGACCUGUGGCCGUUGGACGAUCCCAAUGCCCCCCCAGUCAAGCCGGGCCUCGCUAUCAUUGACGUGAAUAUGAUCGGGACGCUGUAUACGUGGAAGCUAGCUGUACAUUACUUUCGCAAGCAGCCGGAUGUUCCCGAGCGUGAUCGGUGCUUUAUCAUUACCGGAAGCAUGGUGGCUUGGAUAGACUCGCCAGCCAACUGGCAAUACACGUGCACCAAAUACGGCCUGCGCGGGCUGAUGCGCGUUGCAAGACGCAGUUCAUGGGAACAGGGUAUUCGGAUUAACUACGUUGCGCCGUGUUAUAUCAAGAGUGCGAUUCGGUCGCCGGAAUACGAAGCAGAGCUUACCCGCAAGGGGGUGCAAUUUGCGCCGCAGGAGGAUGUUGCCAUGUGCAUGAUGAGGCUUGCUACUGAUCAGACUAUCAAUGGUCACUCCCUGAUGAUCACGCCCAAGUCAGUGGCAAAAGAGGGCUUCAAAGAUGCCGAGCAGGAUGACCAUAUUGAGGAGGGAUACUUGAAGCGCAAUCAGGAGACGCAGUUGCGCGUUAUUGAGGAUCAGUGGCAGGUGGGAUGGAGCAAGACACGUACGGCUGAAGGGGCCACGAAGAGUAAUGGGCAUAGUUGA